AUGCGGUGGACGGGGCGUCGCAACGACACGGACGAGGAGCAGUGGGCGGGGACGACCGUCGGUGACCCGCUACCCUGUGACGAUACCUCGCCUCCGCCGGUGCAGCGCUCGGCCUUUAGUGCCUUUGUGCACCGUUUCCUUACCCCACGAUGGACGGCAUCCGAGACUUUGACAGAGAAGACGUGGGGCGAGGAGCUGGAGGAUUUGGCGGAGAAGCCCCGCCGGAGCAUCGAUGACUACAAGGGCGAAUUCACGUGGGUCGUCGUCGACAACGACCUGCUUCUCCCUCAACAGCCGAAGAGCAACAUUGAGAGCGAGAGGGAGAUUGCCGAGAUGGCUCCGCCAGCCCGGGCUGCUUCGAUCUCUGUAGGCCAGGGUGCCGCCGCAAGUGCAUUCUGCAUGGGCCAGCGUGUACUGAAGGACAACGUGUUUCCGUUCUUCAAGAGCUUCGCAUACAUGUCCUUCCCCGACAAAGCGCAGGAGCGCUCCUUCCAGCACGAGAACCGCGCCCUGCAUCUUUUCGGCAUCACCGCCUGGGCGGUCGGCAUGGCCGGUCUUUUCGUGGGCCAGCCUAAGGCCGACUUGCCAAUGUGGCGCAACGUGAUUCUAGCCACCGUGUUCCACCACAUCCUAGUCUGGGCUGCCUUCUUCCGAGAGCGCGCCGACCGGCAGCUCUUCACCCUCCGCUCCCAGCUGAAGGCGCAGUAUCGUGCCGUUCAAGCUGCCCAGGAGAUGGAACGCCGCGCCCUCGAGAGCAAACGCCAAUUCUUCUCCUACAUCUUCCACGAGGUGCGCGUUCCCCUGAACACAGCCCGUUUGGCGCUCGCGAACCUGCACGCCGAGGGCGCGUUCCUGGAACUUCAGGCGGACCAGCGUGACCUCAUCCUCGGACUCGACUCGAGCAUGCGCCUGAUGGAGAAGGUCCUCAACGACGUGCUCUCCUUCAACAAGAUGGAGGAUGGCCGCCUCGCUUUCUCCCGCGCUCCGUUCUCUCUGCACAGUGCGGUAAACGAGGCAGCACUCCUGCACCGUGCAGCGGCUGAAGCCGCGGGAUUGGAAUUCCACAUCGAGCUCGACGAACGUAUCGAUGCUCUCGGCGCUAUUGUCGGCGACGAACUGCGCGUGCGCCAGGUGUGCUCGAACCUCCUCUCGAACGCUUUCAAGUUCACGCAGCAAGGUGGCGUGCGCCUCGUCACCAAGCUGCUGCACUCCGACUACACGCACCCACGCGCUGCAGCGGGUACGCGCAUGCGCUCACAGAGCACGGGCACCCUCACGCCCGCACGUCCGGGAAGCGACGUCUCGAUUCGCGUCGAAGUGCAUGAUACAGGUGCCGGUCUCUCGCUCGCCGACAUGCAGGGUAACCGGCUCUUCUCACCUUAUGUGCAGACCGAGAUCGGGCGCCGACAAGGCGGCAAGGGCUCCGGUCUUGGUCUUGCUCUCGUCACGCAGAUUGUCAAGCUCGCGGGAGGACGACUCGGAGUGAACUCCGAGCCUGGGCACGGAAGCACGUUCUGGUUUGAGAUGUCGUUCCCGCUCAGCAACGAUGCGCCGACGCAUGCGCCACAGGAGAGUCUCCCCCUCACCUUCCCCGGAAGCCCGACUACGCCGUGCGGACCGGGCGAGGACCCUCGGUUCCCCAUGAGUGUGACUAGCCGCUCCUCUUACGAGCGCCGCGAGAGCCUCUCCGCCGUCGGCGAGGACAUUCCGCUCACUGGUUCUGUGCGUUCCGGUCGCUCCGUCCGUUCACUCACACCCCGUGGGCUCGCCGCCCCUCCUCUAGCAAGUGCGAGUAUUCGACGUGCGGUGCGGCACGUCCCUCGCCUCUCCUCCAGCAUCGGUCUGAACACGCUCGUAGUCGACGAUGACGAGCUGACGCGGGACCUGAUGAUGCGCACAGUGCGCAGGCUCGGACAUCAAGUGAUUCUGGCCCGGAAUGGUAUGGAGGCCCUGCGCGUCCUGAAGGCGGCGUAUGAGGACGGCAACCCGAUCGACAUUGUCUUCCUCGAUAACCAGAUGCCGGCCAUGAGCGGCGUCGAGACGGCCAGAGCCAUCCGCGCUCUCCAGUGGGACGUGUACAUUGUCGGCUGUACUGGUAACGCCCUGCAGGAGGAUCAGGACGAGUACAAACAGGCAGGCGCUGAUGCUAUCGUCACGAAGCCAGUCAGCGUUGCUGCGAUCAGGGAGAAGCUCGACCUGGUUCGAAGCCGCGUCUAG